CUCAGUGACUAACUUCAAUUUAUUUUCGGAACCCCUAAUGUUUCUCUCCCCAAACAUACAUACCAUCAAAGCAUUUCGCCUGCAGACGUUACAUUUUUUCUUCUCCCAAAUCAUCACACCAGCAUGUCUGAAUCUGAAACGCAAUCAAACCAAAGCCGAAACCAACAAGAUCUUCCUGUUGUUCUAAUUCACCGCCUCUCUAUUUUCAACUUCUCCUUCAGCACUCGCCUCCAAACUCACUUCACUCUCGUUGACCCUCUCCUCCACUCGCCUGAGCCCGACGUAAUUCACUCCUUCCUCUCCCGCCACGCUACUUCCGUUAGCGCCCUCCUCUGUGUGGGCCCAUCUCCAAUCACCUCCCAAACUCUUUCUCUUCUUCCUUCCUUGCAAAUUGUUGUGGGCACCAGCGCCGGCAUUGACCACGUUGACCUCAUCGAGUGCCGCCGACGUGGCAUCAUUGUCACUAACGCUGGUCACGCCUUCUCUGAAGACGUCGCUGAUUAUGCUCUCGCUUUGUUGAUUGAUGUUUUGCGGAGAGUCUCAGCCAGUGAUCGCUUUGGUCGCUCCGGGAUGUGGCCAAAAUAUGGGACAUAUCCAGUUGGUUCUAAGUUAGGAGGAAAGAGAGUUGGGAUUGUAGGACUGGGAAGCAUAGGCUCUGAAGUUGCUAAAAGGCUUGUGGCCUUUGGUUGCAGCAUUGCUUACACAUCAAGAAAGAAGAAUCCAGCUAUCUCAUACCCAUUUUAUGCGAAUGUCUGUGACCUUGCCACUAAUAGUGAUGUCCUCAUUGUUUGUUGUGCGUUGACAGACGAAACUCGCCAUAUGAUCAAUAAGGAUGUCAUGACAGCACUAGGAAAGGAAGGGGUAAUAAUAAAUGUUGGACGUGGUUCUCUUAUUGAUGAGAAGGAGCUAGUGCAGUUUUUGGUGCAGGGGGAACUUGGUGGAGCAGGUCUUGAUGUGUUUGAGAAUGAUCCUGAUGUGCCAAAAGAACUGUUUACUUUAGAUAAUGUUGUAUUGUCACCACAUCUUGCUGUCCUGACCCCGGAAUCUUUUGCAGCUCUGCAGGAAGUGAUCCUGGGAAACUUGAUGGCUUUUUUCACAAAUAAGCCACUGCUGUCGCAGGUCCAGCUUGAGUGAAAGCACUCUUGAUUCUUCACCCACGUUAUUUUUCAAGAUUACAAAAUUGUAUUUAUAAUGUAACAAUAAAGACUUCAAGAUUAUAAAUGAACCAACUGUUUAUUGAUUGAUUGAGUAUCGUAAUGUUUUUGAAUUAUAAAAAACUCGAAGCUGCUGUUA